AUGGGCAAGGGAGCUGUUGAUGGCAAAAAACCUAAAGCGACGAAAAAAAUGAAGGAUCCAAACGCUCCAAAACGCGCAAUGUCUGCAUUUUUUAUUUGGAUGAACGAAAAUCGUGAUCGGAUCAAAAAGCCGGGCAUGAGUGUAGGAGACGUUGCUAAGGCCGCUGGGAUCGAGUGGGCAGCGAUGACUGAUAAAUCGAAUACUGCAGGUCAUAGCGAGCAUCAGAUUAAUGAUUAA